AUGGAAACAGGGGAAGUAAAUAUAGCUUUUUCCAUGACAGCUACUCAGAGUUCACAGUUUGAAUAUCCAGGCCAAUAUGGUGCAAUGUUUGCGACUGAUGGGCUUGUCCUUGAACUUCAAUAUGGAUACCAGUGUACUCAUACAAGAGGUGAACUAACUCCAUGGCUUAAGAUUGAUCUUCAAGAUACGUUUAAGAUAAAGAGAGUAGUGCUGGUUAACAGACAAGAUGGAUAUGGUGAAAGGUUGCAUGACGUUGAAGUGAGAGCUGGUCAAGACGGUGCAUCGUUUUCUGGAAUCUGUGGAACCUUUGAGGGACCCGGAUUGACAGGGCAGAUUGUGGAUAUCUUAUGUCAGGAGAAUACAAUUGGACGGUUUGUGCGUGCACAGAUCUUGAUGGGAAGGUAUCCUGAGUAUUUAUCCCUUUGUGAAAUGGAGGUUUAUACUUGA